AUGCAUACUGAUGAAAAGCGUUGGAAAGAGGAGAGUAAAAACUAUAAAAAGACGCAACGUGCUCUGGAGGAAAAAUGGAAGCUUGUGCCAGCAUUCUUGCAAGUGAAAGGCUUGGUGAAGCAACAUAUCGACUCGUUCAACUACUUCAUCAACGUAGACAUAAAGAAGAUUGUGCAAGCAAAUGAGGAGGUGAAAAGUGAUGCUGAUCCGUGUUUUUACUUGAAGUAUCUCAACGUACACGUUGGCAAACCAGACGUGGAAGAAGGCUUCAAUAAUACAAAAUCCACCACACCACACGAAUGCCGGUUGCGGGACAUGACCUACUCGGCUCCGAUAACGGUCGACAUAGAGUAUACCCGAGGAACGCAGCGUGUCGUACGCAAUGGGCUGUUAAUCGGGCGGAUGCCAAUAAUGUUGCGAUCGUCUAAUUGCGUGCUGACGGGUAAGUCUGACUACGAACUGUCGAAGGUGAAUGAAUGUCCGAUGGACCCGGGUGGAUAUUUUAUCAUUCGCGGCACGGAAAAGGUGAUCCUAAUUCAGGAGCAGCUAAGCUGGAACAAAAUGAUCACGGAGGACUACAAUGGGGUAAUCCAGUGCCAGGUGACGAGUUCGACCCAUGAAAAAAAGUCUCGUACGAUUCUAAUCACCAAGCACGGCCGCUACUAUCUCAAGCACAAUUCCAUGACCGAAGAAAUCCCAGUUGCCAUCAUUCUGAAGGCGAUGGGCAUCGCGUCGGAUCAGGAGAUCAUGCAGCUUGUUGGUAUUGAUUCUGAAACACAGAAGCGUUUCGCACCGUCGUUGCUGGAGGCUGCAAACCACAAAGUAUAUACACAGCAACGAGCUCUCGAGUACAUGGGCUCGAAACUAAUUGCGAAACGGUUUACAACCGCCGCUACCAAGUACAAAACCACAGCUGAUGAGGCUCGAGAUCUACUUGCCACAACAAUCCUGGCACACGUACCGGUUCCCAGCUUCAACUUUCAGGUGAAAGCGAUCUACGUUGCGCUCAUGAUAAGGCGCGUGAUGGCCGCCGAGCUGGACCGUAAUGCCGUUGAUGAUCGCGACUAUUAUGGCAACAAACGGCUUGAAUUAGCAGGUUCGCUGCUUUCGCUCAUGUUUGAAGAUCUGUUCAAGCGGUUCAACUGGGAGCUGAAAAUGAUCGCUGACAAGAACAUCCCAAAGAUCAAGGCAGCUCAAUUCGACGUUGGAAAGCACAUGCGGGAAGCGCUGAUUACUUCGGGACUGGAAACAGCCAUCUCGACUGGCAAUUGGACUAUCAAGCGUUUCAAGAUGGAACGAGCCGGUGUAACGCAGGUGCUAUCGCGACUGAGCUAUAUAUCCGCACUGGGCAUGAUGACGCGUGUUAAUUCGCAGUUUGAGAAAACUCGCAAGGUGUCGGGUCCACGAUCGCUGCAACCGAGCCAGUGGGGCAUGCUCUGCCCUUCGGAUACACCUGAAGGAGAGGCCUGCGGGUUGGUGAAAAAUCUAGCCCUCAUGACGCACAUCACGACUGAAGUCGACGAGGAACCGGUGAUCCGGCUGGCUUACAAUGCCGGUGUCGAAGAUAUUCGGUUGCUCGGGGGAGAGACCAUCAACAACCCGAAGGUGUUCAUGGUGUUCAUCAACGGUAACAUUCUCGGUGUAACGAUCGCCUACCGUCGUUUGGUGGAGGUCUUCCGGAUGAUGCGUCGACGGGGGCUGAUCGGAGCCUUUGUAUCGAUCCACACUUCCUUCACGCAACGCUGCGUGUACAUCCACACGGACGGAGGGCGCCUGUGCCGACCGUACAUUAUUGUCCAAGAUGGACGACCGCUCGUACUACAGGACCACAUCGAACAGAUGAAGCUUGGUUUGCGCAAAUUCGAUGAUUUUCUCCACGAUGGCCUGAUUGAGUAUUUGGAUGUGAACGAGGAGAACGAUUCGUUCAUCGCGUAUCAGGAACGUGACAUCGAUCCGGAGAAGACGACUCAUCUCGAGAUCGAACCAUUCACCCUGCUGGGUGUGUGUGCCGGGCUAGUACCAUAUCCUCACCACAACCAGAGCCCUCGUAACACGUACCAGUGUGCGAUGGGGAAACAAGCGAUGGGUAUCAUUGGGUACAAUCAGAAAAAUCGAAUCGACACGUUGAUGUACAACAUUGUGUACCCACAGAGUCCGAUGGUGCGGUCGCGUACGAUCGAGUUGACGAAUUUUGACAAGUUGCCGGCGGGCCAAAACGCGACCGUUGCCGUGAUGAGCUACUCCGGUUAUGAUAUCGAGGACGCGCUUAUUCUCAACAAAGCGUCGAUUGACCGCGGGUACGGUCGCUGUCUCGUGUACAAAAACAGCAAGUGCACAAUCAAGCGGUAUAGCAACCAGACGUUUGAUCGCAUCAUGGGUCCGAUGAAGGACGCUCUUACGGGCAAGAUCAUUAGCAAGCACGAGUGCCUCGACACGGACGGUAUCGUUUCGCCGGGCGAGCGGCUCACCUGCAAGCAGACGAUGGUGAACAAAGAAAUGCCGGCGGUAAAAUCGAACAACCCUAUCGAGCAAAAGGAAUCCGGUCAGCAACCGAUCGCGUACAGUGCCGUACCGAUCACGUACAAGGGCACGGAACCGAGCUACGCCGAGCGGGUGCUCGUGUCGACAAACAACGAGGAGGAGUUCCUGGUGAAGAUCCUGCUCCGGCAGACGCGACGUCCAGAAAUUGGAGACAAGUUUAGCUCUCGUCACGGGCAAAAAGGCGUUACGGGGUUAAUCGUGGAUCAGGAGGACCUGCCGUUCAACGACUACGGUAUGUCACCGGACAUGGUCAUGAACCCGCACGGUUUUCCGUCCCGUAUGACGGUAGGGAAAACGUUGGAGCUGCUCGGCAGUAAGGCUGGAGUGUUGGAGGGCAAAUUUCACUAUGGCACCGCGUUUGGCGGGUCCAAGUGUCAGGAUCUACAGGACGAGCUUUUUAAGCACGGGUUCAACUACCUCGGCAAAGACGUUUUUUAUUCAGGGAUUACGGGAGAACCGCUCGAGGCGUACAUCUAUUCCGGCCCGGUGUACUACCAGAAGCUGAAGCACAUGGUUCAGGAUAAGAUGCAUGCGCGUGCACGAGGUCCACGGGCGGUGUUGACUCGCCAACCGACACAAGGUCGCAGCCGUGAGGGAGGACUCCGGUUGGGCGAGAUGGAACGUGACUGUCUCAUCUCGUACGGUGCCAGCAUGCUGAUUAUGGAGCGAUUGAUGAUUUCGUCCGAUGCAUUCGACGUGGACGUGUGUAACGUUUGCGGUCGGCUGGCCUACUCGUCAUGGUGCCACAACUGUCGUUCGUCGGCAAGCGUGUCGAAAAUUUCCAUGCCGUACGCGUGCAAACUACUCUUCCAGGAGCUGACUAGUAUGAACAUCGUUCCACGGUUGAAACUGCAGAAUUAUUAACCAUUUGAUAC